CCCGCCUACACCGGGUUGUUCCAUCAGGAAACUGUGAGGGGUUGCGGAUGAAUCGAAGACUCUCUUCCCAAACCUUUCUCCCGUUUUAGUCCCCUGAGGACUUUCGACGAGCGGCAUUCUCCAGACCAGCUGGCCGGAGUCAGGUGCCUCUUAUCGCUUCUUGCUGCCUCCGAUCUGGCUGACGUGACGUCAGGGCGCUGUUCUCCUCCGCUUGUGCUGAAUCCAAGAUGGCUGGGGCGUUGGACAAGUGAGGCGAGCCGCUCCGUGCUGCUUUAGGAGCGACCUGACAUGAGACGACAGGACAGCAGGAGGAAAGGAGAACCAGCGCGGAGAUAAAGCCGGACCAGGCAGGGGAGAGGGAGCCGAGCAGCCAUGUCCCUGUUGUGCGUCGGAGUAAAGAAAGCCAAACUUGAUGGUCCCCAGGAGAAAUUCAAUACAUAUGUGUCACUAAAGGUUCAGAAUGUGAAGAGCACAACAAUCGCUGUUAGGGGCAGCCAGCCAUGUUGGGAACAAGAUUUUAUGUUCGAGAUCAGCCGCCUUGAUCUUGGGCUAACGGUGGAGCUAUGGAACAAAGGUCUCAUCUGGGACACCAUGAUGGGCACAGUGUGGAUACCUCUGCACAGCAUCCGCCAGUCAAAUGAGGAAGGCCCAGGAGAGUGGCUCACUCUUGACUCCCAGGUGAUCAUGGCAGACAAUGAGAUCUGUGGCACCAAGGACCCUACCUUCCAUCGCGUUCUUCUAGACACACGCUUUGAGUUGCCUCUUGAUAUCCCAGAGGAGGAGGCGCGCUAUUGGGCAAAGAAGUUGGAACAACUGAAUGCCUUGCGGGACCAGGAUUACACAGACCAGGAAGAGCAGGAGCACCCGCUGCCCGUGCCAGGGACUCAGUGCUGUAACUUGAAUCUCUGGUGGGACCAGCAAAAUGAUGACCCUGACAGUGCGGUGGAUGACCGGGACAGUGAUUAUCGUAGCGAGACCAGUAACAGCAUUCCACCACCUUAUUACACUACCUCCCAACCCAAUGCCUCUGUCCAUCAGUAUCCAAUGAGGCAUCAGCAGCAGAUCUCACGGGACUCUUACACAAGCUCUAUGCACAGCUGUGAUUUGGACUCUUCUGAUCACCAGAGGGCAAUGAGACGCUAUGAUAGCUUAGACUCUGCCACCAAUGGGCGCAGCGACCUUGAAUCAGCCUCAGGUUCUAGCAGGCUGACCAGUCGGCAGUACUCGCUAGACAGUAGGCAAUCCCUCUCUGAUAGCCCAACUGGCAGUAGUCGAUAUGCAUCUUCGGCAGAGCUGAGUCGGGGGAGCUCCCAGCUCAGUGAAGAAUUUUAUCCUGAGGAAGACAAUGAGAGCCUUCGAGGGUCAGAGCUGGAUGAUGACCCCGAAGCAGAGGAGUCCUACCACUCCUGCCACAGCUCAGUCAGUUACACCAAGGAGUCACCUGACUGGGAGACAGAUGAACCUCCUGGUAUCUACAGUGAUGAGGGAGAGGAGGAGGUUGGCUACGAGCAGGGAGAUGAGUUCUAUGAGGAAGAAGAAAUCUAUGAACCUGAGGAAGACCAAGGUGCCUAUGAGGAAGAGCCCCUUUAUGAUGAGGAUAUUGAUCUUUACUUAACUGAACAGCAGGAAGAGACAAUACCGGCCCCCUUGGCAUCAGUCAAGCCCACUCUGGAAAAGCAGCCAUCCCUCUCUCAACAGAUCCCUUCUCAGACUACAGAGGAGGCAGCCCCAGAAAUUCGACAGGCAUCUGAAGAACCACUGCCCACACAGCCUGAUGCUGUGCCCCCAACAGAGCCAGAAAAGCUGCCGGACAGCUUUGGUGUGGAGGAGCCUGUGGGGCAUGACUCCAUGUCCAGUGCUAAGGCUAACUGGCUGAGGCUCUUCAACAAGGUCCGAAUACAGCUACAGGAGGCCCGUGGAGAAAAUGUUGGGGCUCAAUCCUUAUGGUUUAAAGGGGGGCCAGGUGGGGCGCUGUAUAGCAUAGACAGCAUGCCUGACCUUCGAAAGAGGAAAGCGGUGCCUCUAGUUAGAGAUUUGGCUAUGACUCUGGUUAAUUCUCGAAAAGUAGGGAUCCCCUCAGCACUUGCUUCUAGCACUCUGAACAAUGAGGAGCUGAAGAAUCAUGUGUACCGAAAAACACUGCAGGCCCUCAUCUACCCCAUCUCCUCCACAACACCCCACAACUUUGAGGUGUGGACAGCCACCACGCCUACCUACUGCUAUGAGUGUGAAGGACUGCUGUGGGGCAUUGCACGCCAGGGUAUGCGUUGCACAGAAUGUGGAGUGAAAUGUCAUGAAAAGUGCCAGGACCUGCUGAAUGCUGACUGUCUUCAAAGAGCUGCUGAGAAGAGCUCCAAACAUGGUGCUGAAGACAGGACACAAAAUAUCAUCCAGGUUCUUAAAGAUCGGAUGAAAAUACGAGAAAGGAAUAAGCCAGAGAUCUUUGAGCUUAUUCAAGAGGUUUUUGGUGUAGUUAAGGGUCCCCAUGCCCAACAAAUGAAACAGAUCAAACAAAGUGUGCUUGAUGGAACAUCCAAGUGGUCAGCUAAGAUCAGUAUCACAGUGGUCUGUGCUCAAGGUCUUCAAGCCAAGGAUAAGACAGGCUCUAGUGAUCCAUAUGUCACCGUUCAGGUUGGCAAAACCAAGAAGAGGACAAAGACCAUAUAUGGAAACCUGAACCCCGUUUGGGAAGAGAAUUUCCACUUUGAGUGCCACAACUCCUCGGACAGGAUUAAGGUUAGAGUCUGGGAUGAAGAUGAUGACAUUAAAUCCCGGGUCAAACAGAGGUUUAAGCGCGAGUCUGAUGAUUUCCUGGGUCAGACAAUCAUUGAAGUUCGAACACUGAGUGGAGAGAUGGAUGUGUGGUACAAUUUGGACAAGCGUACAGACAAGUCUGCUGUGUCUGGAGCAAUUCGGCUGCAAAUAAGUGUGGAGAUCAAGGGCGAGGAAAAGGUGGCACCCUACCACGUACAGUACACUUGUCUGCACGAGAACCUGUUCCAUUAUGUGACAGAUGUUCAAAACAGUGGUGUGGUCAAAAUCCCUGAUGCCAAGGGGGAUGAUGCCUGGAAGGUCUACUUUGAAGAAACAGCACAAGAAAUUGUAGACGAGUUUGCCAUGCGCUAUGGUGUGGAGUCCAUUUACCAGGCAAUGACGCAUUUUGCUUGCCUCUCCUCCAAGUACAUGUGUCCGGGUGUCCCUGCAGUGAUGAGCACUUUGCUUGCCAACAUUAAUGCCUACUAUGCUCACACCACCGCUUCCACCAAUGUUUCUGCUUCAGACCGCUUCUCAGCCUCAAAUUUUGGGAAAGAAAGGUUUGUGAAACUUCUGGACCAGCUACACAACUCCCUGAGGAUUGACCUUUCUACAUACAGAAACAACUUCCCUGCCAGUAGCCCUGAACGUCUACAAGACUUGAAAUCAACAGUGGACCUACUCACCAGCAUUACAUUUUUUAGAAUGAAGGUGCAAGAGCUGCAAAGCCCACCCAGGGCCAGUCAGGUUGUAAAGGACUGUGUGAAAGCAUGCCUGAACUCCACUUAUGAAUAUAUUUUUAACAACUGCCAUGAGUUGUACAGUCGGGAAUAUCAGACUGACCCAGCUAAGAAGGGUGAGCUACCACCAGAAGAGCAGGGACCCAGUAUCAAAAACCUUGACUUCUGGUCCAAACUCAUCACACUUAUUGUGUCCAUCAUCGAGGAGGACAAGAACUCUUACACACCAUGUCUUAACCAGUUCCCGCAGGAGUUGAAUGUGGGUAAGAUCAGCGCAGAAGUCAUGUGGAAUCUGUUUGCUCAGGACAUGAAGUAUGCCAUGGAAGAACAUGACAAGAACCGUUUGUGUAAGAGCGCAGACUAUAUGAACCUGCACUUUAAGGUCAAAUGGCUAUACAAUGAAUAUGUGACAGAGUUGCCUUUCUUCAAGAACCGUGUUCCAGAAUACCCUGCCUGGUUUGAGCCUUUUGUUAUUCAGUGGCUUGAUGAAAAUGAGGAAGUUUCUCGUGAUUUCCUGCAUGGGGCGCUUGAAAGGGACAAAAAGGAUGGGUUUCAACAAACCUCAGAGCAUGCACUUUUCUCCUGCUCCGUGGUGGAUGUCUUUUCUCAGCUCAACCAGAGUUUUGAAAUCAUAAAGAAGCUGGAAUGUCCAGACCCACAAAUUGUUGGUCACUACAUGAGAAGAUUUGCCAAGACCAUCAGCAAUGUGCUACUUUCCUAUGCUGAUAUUAUUGCUAAGGAUUUUGCCAACUACUGUUCCAAAGAGAAAGUGCCAUGUAUCCUGAUGAACAACAUACAGCAGCUACGAGUUCAGCUGGAGAAAAUGUUUGAGGCUAUGGGAGGCAAAGAUUUGAAUGUAGAGGCCAGUGACAUCCUUAAAGAAUUACAGGUAAAGCUGAACAAUGUCUUGGAUGACCUCAGCAGAGUUUUUGCUACUAGCUUCCAGCCACAUAUUGAAGAAUGUGUCAAGCAAAUGGGUGACAUCCUAAGCCAAGUGAAAGGUACAGGCAAUGUACCAGCCAGUGCCUGUAGCAGUGUAGCCCAAGAUGCAGACAAUGUACUACAACCAAUAAUGGACUUCCUAGAUAGCAACCUGACCCUUUUUGCAAAGAUCUGCGAGAAAACAGUUUUGAAACGUGUCCUUAAGGAAUUGUGGAAGUUGGUGAUGAACACAAUGGAGAAGACUAUCGUGUUGCCACCUCUCACUGAUCAGACGAUGAUUGGAAGAGUGAAGCUUGUGUGUCACACUGAUGGCACACAGCUGAUCUUUAAUGCAGCCAAGGAACUGGGACAACUUUCUAAGUUGAAGGACCAUAUGGUAAGAGAGGAAGCGAAGUCACUAUCGCCAAAACAGUGUGCUGUUGUGGAACUUGCCCUGGACACUAUAAAGCAAUACUUCCAUGCAGGUGGAGUUGGUCUGAAGAAGACCUUCCUAGAGAAGAGUCCCGACCUGCAGUCCCUGCGCUACGCCCUCUCCCUGUACACACAAGCCACGGACACACUCAUCAAGACCUUUGUUCAAUCCCAGAAUGCACAGGUUCACGGAGGCAAGGGUGUUAGGUUCACCCUUAGUGAAGAUGUGUACCCGGAGAAGGGCUCUGGAGUAGAUGAUCCCGUUGGGGAAGUGUCUAUACAUGUGGAGCUGUUUACACAUCCUAACACUGGCGAACAUAAGGUUACAGUCAAGGUGGUGGCGGCAAAUGACCUCCGAUGGCAGACUUCUGGGAUAUUCCGUCCGUUUGUGGAGGUGAACAUCAUCGGUCCGCAUCUUAGUGACAGAAAAAGGAAAUUUGCCACUAAAUCCAAAAACAAUAGCUGGGCUCCCAAGUACAAUGAGACCUUCACCUUCACCCUGAGCAAUGAGACGGGCCCAGAAUGUUAUGAGCUGCAGAUCUGUGUCAAGGACUACUGCUUUGCCAGAGAAGAUCGCACCGUGGGCAUUGCCGUCAUGCAGCUGAAGGACCUCAUGACAAGGGGGAGCGUAGCAUGUUGGCUGCCACUGGGCAAACGGAUCCACAUGGAUGAGACGGGUCUGACGGUUCUGCGUAUUUUGUCCCAACGCAACAAUGAUGAAGUAGCCAGGGAGUUUGUCAAGCUGAAAUCUGACACCCGGUCAGCUGAGGAGGGCAGCUAGGGGGUAUGGAGUGAUAACCAGAUAUUGACAGGAUGGGAUGGGCAAACCCUCCCUCUCUUUUCAGAUCAUCCCACCCAUUGCUCUAAACCUCAUGCCUUCAGUGGAGGGGAUGAGGAAGGGGGCAAUAACACUUUCUGAAGGACACACAUCUUGUGCACUGUAGAACGGAAUGGUUAUAGCUGACUGCAUGUUACAUCAAACCCAGCUCAACCUACCCCACUCAACCAACCCCACUCCCCAGUGGAGAAGAGGACUGUUUUUCAGUUGGGUUAAUGGGAGCUCUCUCCAUUAUGCAAAUCUAGGACACCCGGCAUCCUAGCCUGCUCCAGAAGGCAUGACCACAUGGGCAAUAGAAGACAGAGCUCAGUUAGGAGCCAUUUCUGCAAGUCUGUGGUCAAAAAGAGUGGAACAGAGCAUCAUGCUGGAGUCCGAAUGCAAUAGCCAUUGAGAAGCCUCUCUCCUUGAACCGCAAAGGCGUUUCUAAUUACUAAGGACUUCACUUAGUUAUUAAAAAAAAAAA